CCGACCCAGAUGAUGCGGGCUCACAUUGUUCUUCAGAGCAAGGCCGCAGGCGGCUUUCGCCCGAUCGCUUUGCUGCCGUCGGUCUAUCACAUUUGGACAAGUGCGAGAUUGGUUCACGUGAGGCGCUGGGCGAGGGACCACAUGAGACCGCACUUCGCCAUGUGCACGAACAAGUGCACAGUCGAUGCGGCGGCGCGCCUGAUGGUUCGGACAGAUGCUGGAGCGCGCCGCCCUGAUCUUGCUGCAGUGACGGCGCUCGUGGACAUCAAUAAGUGUUUCGAUGGGGUUUCGCGUAGCAUGCUCGUCGCGGCGGCCAGGGCAUCGCGGGGCAUGCUCGUCGCGGCGGCCAGUCGCUACGAUUUCCCAUCCGUCAUCCUGCGCAUGGCGCUGCUCAUGUAAAACGCUCCGAGGAGACUGUCCUGGGCUUGGGCCUUCUCCUAUCCUGCGAGGGUCAUGAGAGGUGUCCUGCCUGGCUGCACGGAUGCGACGUUCUUGCUCCAGCUGCUCUUCCAGGCACCGCUGGGCGCUGUCAUGGAGGACUCCGCGCGCACCCCCAGGUCCCUGGGCGCCUGCGCUGACGACCUCGCGCUGCAGAUCAUCAUGAUACGGCAGGACAUCGUGAAGGUUGCGGCUGGGGCGCCGGCUCUGCUGGCGGACGCACUGCGCGAGUUGGAGCUCCCCGUCGCCGAACACAACGCAAAGGUCUUGGCCGCGGACCCCCCAUUGGCCAAGGCCAUCGCCUGUCGAGGGCGGGAACAUGGCUUCAAGCCCGUCGCCGCGCUCUCGGUGCUCGGCAUGGAAGUGGCUGGCGGCAGGAGGCUUCGCUACUCGACGGUCAAGACGAGGUCGCGCGCCGCGGCUGUUCGCCCCCCGCGCUUCCGUCGACUUCGAGGUCUGAGGGCAAAAACAUUCAAGCAGGUACUCGCGCCGUCGAUUGGCCCUGCUCUGACCUAUGGCCUACAGGUCACGAGUGCGCCCCCGCGCAUCGCCAUGCGCACGGCGGCCUGUGCGCGCGAGGGAUGGUCGGAGACGCCGGCCGCCUCCUCGACCUGGGUGGCCUCAAUGCUGGGGCCCUCGUGGAGACAGCGCCCAGACUGUAUGUCGGUGGCGGGUCCGAUCUACACCUAAGCUCGCACGGCGGCGGCGAUGGCCACCCCCCUGGAGGCGCUGCAGGACGCCCGGCAGCUCCAGACACCAUCUGCGCUCCUGGCCAAGGACCCUUGGGAGAGGGUUGCGGGGCCAGCUGGCGCGUUGGCGCUGCAGCUUCGCCGCCUCGGCUGGAAGGCUUCAGCUGCUCGUCUGUGGCGCGCGAGGAGCGGCAUUCACCUAGGCCUGACGGCGGUGGCCCCCGCGCGGGCGGGCUCGCUGGCCCUGUCGGGUUUCGAGCUGGAGGGGCGGGGGCAGUGGUCUCAGAGGGUCGAGCAGGCCCCCGAGGAUCCUGAUCUGCGCGCGCCUAAAGCCCCAGGCGGCUGCUGCCUGGACCCGAUCAGUGUCCUUUUCGCUGGCGCCAAGGAGCGGGGGAUAUUGAAGAUCUCGCCUCCUGCUCUCGCCCCC